AUGUCCACCGCUCCCUCUCCCUCCACACCGGUGGCAUCUCCAAGUACUACGAGAAUGAUUUCUGUCAAACCGUCUCACACUCGAAAGUCAAUGAAGAAAUACUUUCCCAUGGGUGCCAUCAUGUCGAAAGGCACCAACAACCCCAUCACGGUUCAUUCGGUCAACAACGAGCUGUUUGCCGGUCUCUGGUCCUGCGUGGCGGAGAUCAUGAUUGCCGAUGGCGAGCUUACCCGAUACACGCGAGAGUCCGUUGCUGCGCUCGUGAGUGCUCGGAAUCGGUGCCCAAUCUGCAUCCUUGCUCAUGGUGCCUUUGGAAGUGCCGCCAAGAUGACGCUACAAGCAGGAUCCGCCGAAGAUUCCACAGGAACUAACGAGGCAGUAAUGCUCCAAGAACAACGCCACAAUCAGGCCAUGGCGUACGCGGAAAUGCUGUUGCUUCCAGAAAAGUGCCGGAACUCUGCCGUGGAUGAUCUCCCACCACAUGACACCAGUAAUGUCCUUUCGGAUACCGCAAAGGCCGAAGUCGCCGCGGUGGUGUUGCUGUUUAACUAUAUGAAUCGGGUCGUCAGCGCGGUUCUGGGUGAAGAAAUGACUACCGCCAUGUUCAGUGUCCCCCGCUCGGCAGCCAAGAAACUGGAGGGUGGUAAGAUGAGGAACCUCAUGACCCGCAUGAUGUCGCCUCUCAUGGCCAGGAGCAUGCGAGUCAAGUACCCACAGGGCCUAUCCAGUGAACUCUUCCCUGCUGGGUCAAGUUUUUUGGACACCUUGCCAGAGCGCCUCGCCGGCUUGGUACUUGCAGGAGAAGACAGGGCCAAUGCCGUGGCUCGUUUGGUGGCAUGGGCCGAUCUGUAUGGAAAGGAAGAGAUCCUCAAGAAUGUAAUUUCCAAGGAGGUCUUGGAACUGCUGGAGGAUCCCAACAAUGUGCCCUCUCCAGAAAUGACUUCGAUUCAGAUUGCAGAAUGGGCUACCGGGACCAUGCGUGAAAAGGUCCAAUCCUUGUCGGAUGAGACGGAUCGAUCCGUCUUCAAUGUCCUUUUGCUUUUGACACACUCGCCACAAAGCGUGUUCUAUUGCACCUGCUGGAGAAGGCUGAUCAAGAUCAAGGGGAAACAAGAGGCCACGACCCUCGUCAUGUGGUGGUCGCUUCGACUGACCUUUCAAAACGCCCAAGGACUGGGACCUUCUGGUUGUUGGGACUGA